UGUUGCUUUACAACUGAUAUAAGAGAGAAGAAAAGUAUGGCUUUGAUCCUCGCAGCUGAGGCAAGAGUUUCUGCAACGGCUGCACGCAAGGUGUUUGUUGAAAUGCCUCAACAAGAAAAUGGAAUUUUUUUGGCUCAUUCAGUUGAAGAGAGUUGUGAAGGGACAGAACGAGAGAAAUUAGGGACAAAGGUUUAUCAGAAAGAUGUGGAAAUAUAUAUGUAUUACAUUAGAUUGAAUUUUCCAUUUGAUAGCUAGAGAAAAUGGAGAUGAAGAUGGCUGAGAAGAGCAUUGAAAUUUUGGUCUUGAAGGAGACAAGAAAACAUUUUUGUUGAAUGUGUUCUUUAAGGUUACAUAAAGGCUAUGUAGGAAUCGAAUUACCGAAAGUUUCGAAACAGAAUCCUCGAUUCUUUCGAAAUGGAAUCAUCAUUUAAUACGUUGAGUUUUGGAGUCAGCCAAGCGUGGAGAAGUAGUCGGCGUAAUUCAGCCUCUAGAAUCGUCGCAAGCAGAAGCAUUUGCCGCAGCCGUGGGGAAAAGCCUUCGCGUGCCGAUAAUUUCCUUCACUGCACGAAGCUCGGCUCCAUCAGAUGCUCGAAACAGCUACCUUGUUAGGACAACAUUGGAUGACGCCGUACAAGCGCAAGCGCUCGCGGAUAUUUGCAAAAUGUUCGAAUGGAAGAAAGUUAUACUUUUGUACGAAGACGCCGGAAGUGGAACCCAAUUUCUUUCUCGGACAAUUAAGUCGUUCCAAGAUGUCGAUAUCCGAUUGGAGCGAAUGAAUUCGAUCCCAACAGCAGCAGAGGAUCGCGAUAUCUUGAAAAAGCUCGACGAUUUGAAGAAGGAAGAAACGAAGGUUUUCGUCGUCCACAUGAGUCCUGCGUUGGGCUUUCGAUUCUUCAAGCUUGCGGAUGCUUCUGGAAUGAUGAGCAAAGAUUACGCGUGGAUCAUCACCGAUAGCUUAUCAAUUCUCCUGAAUUCGUCGAAUUUUAACGUCGAUGGUUCCAUGGAUGGAGUUCUUGGGAUAAGACCUUACGCUUUUGCCGCGAAACGUUUCGAACAAAGAUGGAAGAGGAUCAUGCUCGGGGAAUUGAUGAAUUCUUCGAUUAUGAAGGUGAAUAUCUACGGUUUAUGGGCAUACGAUGCCGUAACGUCGUUAGCAAUAGCCGUGGAAGAAAUUGGCUCGACGAACUCCAGCUCGUCGUAUGGUCCAAGGCUUCUCCGGAAGCUUCUAAGAACAAAACUCAAAGGCUUAACCGGGAAUUUCCAACUCGUCGACGGAAAAUUGAAGCCGUCGCUGUAUGAGAUUUUCAAUAUCGUCGGAACGGGAGAGAAGCGAUUGGGAUUUUGGACACCAAAGAGACGAAUCGUAAGCGAUUUACGAGGCUCCGGUGCUUCAACAGACGGACUUCGAAAGAUUGUGUGGCCCGGAGAUUCAGUAAUCGCACCGAAGGGUUCGAGAAUCCCGGCAAACGGAAUAUUACGUGUCGGAAUUCCAUGUAAGCCCGGAUUCAAAGAGUUCGUCGACUUGCCAUUCGAUGAUCCCGAACAUAACUGCAAAAACGCAACUGGAUUCGCUAUGGAUAUCUUCCGGGAAACAUUAAAGGUACUACCUUUCCCGGUGAACCCCGAAUGCUAUUGCUAUCACGUUAAUAGAUCGACGGGCAAGACUUACGACGACAUGCUUCGUAGAAUUCCUCAGGACUACGAUAUCGUCGUAGGAGAGACUACGAUCUGGUCUCCGCGGACAGAAUUUGUCGACUUUUCACUACCAUAUUCCGAAACCGGAGUUGUUCUUGUUGUUCGAAACCGGAGGCCACUCGAUAUAUGGAUUUUCAUCAAGCCAUUGAGAUGGGAUCUUUGGCUCGCGAUUAUCGUCGCCUGCGUUUACAUGGGAGUUGCGUUGCAUAUUUUGGAACGACGAGCGAUUGUUACGGAUGAGCAAGCGACUAGACCUCGACCCGGGUUGAUCAAUUGGUCUCCGAUCGCAAUUCUUGCUUUCCCCGAAAGGAAUCUUGUGUCGAACAAGUGGUCGGUUUUCACGUUGGUUUGUUGGAUUUUCAUGGCGUACAUACUUAUGCAGAGCUUUACAGCGAGUUUGUCCGCGAUUCUAACGGUCGAUCAGUUGAAAUUCGCGUUCUCGGAGAAUUACUACAUCGGCUACCACGACGGCUCCUUCUUGGAGAGCUUCUUGAAGGAUCAGCUGCAUAUAAACGGAACACGGCUCAAGUCGUUAGGUUCGCUCGAAGAAUUCGACGAUGCGAUGAUGAAAGGAAGCAAAAACGGCGGCGUGGAUGCUAUAAUCGACGUUGUUCCUUACAUGAAGCUCUUCCUUAACAAAUACGAGCCCCGGUACAAGAAAGUCGGGCCGACCUAUCGAACCAACGGUUUCGGAUUUGCUUUCGAGAAGGGAUCUCCGCUCGUACAACACUUCUCGCGGGCUAUACUGAAUGUUACGCAAGGUUCGACGAUGAACAAUCUCGAGCAAAAGAAUUUCGGGCCGGGAUAUUCUUCGCAAGAUCCAAUGUCGUCCGAGUUCUCGCAAGGGAACUCGGAGCUUACGCUUCGAGAUUUCGCAGGAUUAUUUCUUAUCGUAGGAUCACUUACUCUGCUAGCCCUGUUCUGCUCGGAGACGUCGAUCGGACAGAAAAUGAGCGGCGCAGUCGAACGUCUGAUCGCAAAUAACUGUACAUGUUCGACCGUGCAAGUACAUUCCACGGUGGAAAUUAGCGUCACCGGAGAUACAAAUCACGGUGAAGGGGACAAUAGCUGCGAAUCAGACAACCCCUUCGACACGUCUCAACACAACCACGACGAAAUCGAAACACCGGCGGCGACAACCAACGAGGUUGUUAUAGUUGCUUUAGAAGUCGAAAAUGGCAACAAUGCAGUCUAGUUUGUACAUUAUCAACACUCAUGUUACAAUCCAAAGCCUGUUAUACGAUGUCCGAUUCUUGCAAAGAAUAAUUCAGCACAGUAUGUACAACGAGUGGGUUGAACGCUAGUCAGCUCGGACCAUAACGGAUUGGUGCGGGACUCUCUUGAUUUCGACAAACGCCGAGAA